AUGUUUGGUGGCGCACAAAGUCGAGCGGGUAGCCGAAAUUUGGUCGAAUUCAAAGCUGGAAAAAUGCACUUACGCGGCAGUAUGGUUCAUCCUGAUAAACGUAAAGGUUUGGUUUAUUUACAUCAAGGAAAUGAUACAUUAAUGCAUUUAUGUUGGAAAGAUCGUGGUAGUUCAAAUAGCGCUCCCGAAGAUGAUCUCGUGAUAUUUCCAGAUGAAAUUGAAUUUAAAAAGGUGACACAAAAUACCACUGGUCGUGUUUAUAUAUUAAAAUGGAAAAAUGCUGCACGUAAACUGUUUUUUUGGAUGCAAGAGCCAAAAGAAGACAAGGAUGAAGAAUUAUGCAAAAAGAUUAAUGAUCUGCUCAAUCAUCCACCAACACCGGGAAUGUCGUUAGAUGAACCUGGUGCAGGUUCGAGUCAUCCAUUACAGGCUGUCAUGGAAAGAAUGUCGGCAGGAGGCGGUGGCGGCUUAGAUCCAAAUGAUCUAUCAAGUGUUUUACGUACUAUGAAUCCCAAUCAAUUAGCGGAAUUGAUUAAUUCAUUGGGUAAUGGAGGUGCUGGUGGAAUGAUGCCAAUGCAUACACCACGCGGUCAUAGCACAUUCAGUGCAGGAAAUACCAGUAGUCAACAGCCAACGCCAUCUUUAUUAGAUUCAUUUGCUCAAGAUGCAUCUUCGAGACCUAAUACCGCUCCGGCAUCGACAGCUUCUGCGACACGUGCAACGGGUGCUACUGCAGCAUCAUCAGCGGGUACGAGUGCAUCUGGAUCUUCGAGACCACCAAAAGAGACACGAAGUGGUGAAAAUACAGGAACAACAUCAGCAACAAGUGCUUCAAGUAGCUUAACAGCAAAACCUGCCAUACAAUUAGCAGCAUUACAAAGUAUACUUAGUCAGUUAGAUGGACAAUCAGCCAAAUCAUCAACCGACUUGAAUGAUAUUAUGACUGCAGAAAAUUUGGUACCACUGUUAAGUAAUAAAGAUAUUCAAGAAAAACUAAUUCCGCAUAUGCCUGAAGGCGAAACACUACUGAAAACCGAAUCUGAUUUACGUCAGUCUAUUCAAACACCGCAAUUUCGUCAAGCUGUUAGUGCAUUUAGUGUUGCAUUACAGACUGGUCAAUUGGGUCCUGUUUUAUCUCAAGCUGGUUUACCAUCGGACGUUAUUCAAGCAGCUAACAAGGGCGAUAUUGAUGCAUUUGCAAAAGCCCUGGAAAAAUAUUAUAAAAAAGAUAAAGAUAAUGAUACGAACGAUAAAAAACCGUCUAAUGAUGGUACAAACAUGGACACUAGUUAG